AUAAAUUUUGUAUCUAUGGAAAACCGAUAUCGGUCAUAUGUGAUGAACAUGGCGGAAUCCACAAAUAAUUCGGAGGAUGACCGACUCUCGUGCAAAAUCUUGAUUAUCGGUGCCGGUAUGGCCGGAUUGUCAGCGGCAACUCACUUGUUGAAGAACAACGAGACGGAUUUUCUCAUCGUUGAGGCGCGCGGACGUAUAGGCGGACGAAUCGUUGCCGCUCAAAUCGGUAAUGAAAAAGUUGAAUUAGGAGCAAAUUGGAUCCAUGGUGUGCUAGGUAAUCCCAUAUUUGAGCUAGCAAUGGCAAAUGGUUUAAUAGAUAUUGUACAUGUGCCGAAACCUCAUAAAGUAGUGGCUGCAUUGGAGGAUGGAAAACAGUUACCAUUUCCUGUUUUGCGGGAGAUUUAUGAGGCUUAUGUAUGUUUCUUGAGACGAUGUGAAGAAUACUUUCUGAGCACAUAUAGUCCGCCAGAUGGUAUAAUAAGUGUAGGAGCACACAUUGCACUAGAAGCGGAGAUAUAUCUUUCAUCCUUACCGCUUGAACAACGACGAGUGAGACAACUGAUUUUUGAUUGUCUACUGAAGAGGGAGACCUGCGUUACAGGCUGUGACAGCAUGGAUGAAGUGGAUCUCCUGGAAAUGGGUUCCUAUGAUGAGCUUCAAGGUGGAAAUAUCAGUCUUCCAAAUGGAUACAGUGCUAUAUUGGAACCAGUUUCAAAGCAUAUACCAAAGAAUUGUAUUUUUACUCGGCAUGUUGUGACAAAGAUUAGGUGGCGUCCCCAAAAAGACGUCGAUUCUACAGGAAACUCUAAAUCGAAUAGCCUUAUAGAAGUACAAUGUGAAAAUGGAAAAACAAUUACCACGGAGCACGUAAUAUGUACAUUACCUUUGGGCGUUUUAAAAAGGACAGCUACAAAUUUGUUUGAACCAUCGUUGCCGGCUUAUAAACUCGAAGCGAUAAAUAGACUGAUGUUCGGUACAGUGAAUAAAAUAUUUCUUGAAUACGAACGACCUUUUCUGAAUCCUGGCGUAUCGGAAGUGAUGCUCCUCUGGGAUGAUGAACGAUUAUCCGAGACGGAUAAGCAAGACAUUAGCAAGACUUGGUUCAGGAAGAUAUACUCGUUCAUAAAAAUCUCGGAUACGUUAUUGCUCGGUUGGAUAUCCGGUCGCGCGGCAGAAUAUAUGGAGAAAUUGAGCACUACAGAAGUGGCGGAAGUGUGUACGACGAUUCUGCGGCGAUUCCUCAACGAUCCCUUCGUACCGACCCCGAAGAGUUGUCUGCGUACCACGUGGCACUCGCAACCCUACACGCAAGGUUCCUACACUGCGAUGGCUGUCGGAGCGAGUCAAUUAGACAUCAGAAGUUUGGCUGAGCCAUUGAUACAGGAGAAAAGGGAAGACGAAACGGAUGGAACGGCUAAAAUUUUGGUAGCAUUCGCGGGUGAACACACGCAUUCAUCGUUCUACAGUACAGUACACGGAGCAUAUUUGACCGGACGAACGGCGUCCGAAUUGCUCUUAGGUGUCAAACAGAGCGAAAAGCAUGCGUUGAGUCUUAGUUGCGAAGACACUAGCGAUCUCAGCUCGUGGAUACAAGGCAUUUCUUUGAAUUAAUGCACGAUUUUUCGAGAAAAAAAUAUAUAUAUGACGAUUAAAGAUGUACUUAGUGGCUAUAUAUACAUUACGUUCACACGCGAUUACUUUCAUUUUGUAAAUACUGUAGUGCGAAACUAUCAUCUCUAUACACAUCAUGUACAUAAUGGUGCUUUUUAAAGUUUUAUGACUGUGAAUUAUGGAUUAUAUGGAUGAUGUGUGUAUUUAUCAUAUUACACACAUCGUGCCGUGAACAAAUAACGCGAGUAAAACCGAGAUAGGUAAACUGCAUGACACCGAUGUUGGCGAUAUCGUGAAUGAUCGAUUUGGUGUGUGGAUGUUACAAAUGUGUUCGGCACGGUCGUUAUUUCGUUUGAACACGAGAAUAUUUUAAAUAACGGAACAAAUAUUUUUAGAUAACGCAAACAUUUAUUUUAUAUCGCGCGAACUAUGUUUUUGCUAAUCUCAUGUAGAUAAUAUAUCGGAUCCAGUCGAAUUUAUAUGGACGAGCCUAAUUCUAUUUGCGCAAUUGUAACGAUAUUUUUAACGAUUAUGUAUGUAUCUGUGUGUGUGUGUGUGUGUGUGUGUGUAGUAUAUAUAUAUAUAUAUAUAUAUAUGUAUAUAUACCACAAAAAUUGGUAGUGAGAUAAUUUUAUGAGAAGUCGGAAAGCGUAUAAUGUACACUUUUUAUUCUCAAUUUUCUUGUAUGCAUAUAUGAAUUAUUCGCUUGACUUCUUUGUUAUCACCUAUCACACAUCGUACUUAUUGUUUAGUGAAAAAAGUUCCAUCAUGCAUUAACUUAAUCUAGUCAAUUUGAAAAAUAUAUGAAAAUAAUGUAUUUACUAUAAAUACUGGCAAAUUUUUUAAUCAAACUCAAUAACAAAAUCAUGAUAAUGUUGUAUAACGACAUUGAAGUGAUUUUUAUAAAGUAGAAUAGAUAUUCUACUUGUUCUAUAUUAUUUUACAUUAACAUGUUAGCAAAUGUUAUGUGCCAUUAGACAUAUUAAUUCUUGAAAUAUUAAAUGAAUGGAAAGAAUAGAAAAUGUUUAUUUGAAAUUAUAAGAGUUAUAAUAUAUACCUAUGUAAAUCCAAAGAACUUAUAAAGAUAGAAUUAUUUAUUAACAAAUGUUGCACAUUAAAAAGAAUAUUAAUGUGGAAUAAGUGACUUGAUUAUUAAAUUUCACAGAAUUCUUGAAAGAAAAAUAUUGUAUCUAAGAAUGCAUAUUCAGAAUGCAAAAAGAGCAAAACAAUUUGAUAGAAAUUUCCU